AUGGAAAACUCCACCCCUUGGUUGCUUAAAAUUUUCUUCUUACUCACUAUCAUUCUUGGUUAUUCUUCUUCUUCUUCUUCUUCUUCUUCUUCUUCUGCUUCUUCAUCAUGGUUGCAUCCUUUGGCUAGCAUCUCCAUGGCUGAGCACCAGAAUUACACUGCAAUAUCAGACUUUCGUCUACUGAACAGAAGAAAGUUGCUCAAGUGUGACGGUCCAAACCCUCAACUAAAAAUUAGUGUUGAUCCAAACUCUUCCCUGUCAAAUGAAGAAUACCUCACGGUUACUGUUAGUGGAGUUCUGCUUCCUUCUAGUAGCGAUUGGGUUGCCAUGAUAUCACCAUCUUCUUCCAAUGUCACAGAUUGUCCAUUGAGUGAGGCUUAUUAUGCACAAACUGGUGACCUUAGUGAUCUUCCUUUGCUAUGCCAAUAUCCUGUUAAGGCUCAAUACGUGAAAAAUGAUCCAGACUAUCUCAAUUGCACGAAGAAGGAUUGCCAGGAAUCUGUGCUUGGUAAAUGUGUGGUGGCCACUUGCAGUGGUUCCCUAACAUUUCAUGUUAUUAAUAUAAGAACCAACAUUGACUUUGUGUUCUUUGCUGGUGGCUUCGACACACCUUGCAUUCUGACUAGGUCGAACCCUUUGGAUUUUACUAAUCCAAAUAUGCCACUAUAUGGACAUCUCUCAAGCAUAGAUUCAACUGGAAAAUCGAUGAGAUUAACAUGGGUUAGUGGGGAUGAGAAGCCUCAACAAGUGCAAUAUGGAGAUGGCAUGUCACAAAAUUCUGUAGUUACUACAUUUACACAAGAUGACAUGUGCAGUAGUUCGACUCUACCGAGUCCAGCCAAAGACUUCGGAUGGCAUGACCCAGGCUUCAUUCAUACAGCAGUGAUGACAGGACUUCAGCCUUCAAGCAACUUCUCCUACAAAUAUGGAAGUGAUUCAGUUGGUUGGAGUAAUCAAAUCCAAUUCAAGACUCCACCAGACGCAGGAUCAGAUAAACUCUAUUUUAUUGCAUAUGGUGAUAUGGGAAAGGCUCCUCUUGAUUCUUCAGUUGAACACUACAUUCAGCCAGGAUCGGUCUCAGUGAUUAAAGCUGUGACUGAUGAAGUGAAUUCUGUAAAUGUGGACUCCAUCUUCCAUAUUGGAGACAUAAGCUACGCUACAGGUUUCUUAGUAGAAUGGGACUUUUUCCUUGAGCUUAUCAACCCAGUGGCCUCUCAAAUUGCUUACAUGACCGCAAUUGGAAACCAUGAGAGGGACUAUGUAGACUCAGGAUCAGUAUAUCUAACUCCUGAUUCAGGUGGAGAAUGUGGAGUUGCUUAUGAGACUUAUUUUCCAAUGCCAACUUCGGCAAAGGAUAAGCCUUGGUAUUCCAUUGAACAAGCUAGUGUUCACUUCACAAUAAUUUCAACUGAGCAUAAUUGGUCAGUGAAUUCUGAGCAGUAUCUAUGGAUGGAAGAGGACAUGGGUUCAGUUAAUCGAUCAAAAACUCCAUGGUUGCUUUUUAUGGGGCACAGACCAAUGUACACUUCUUCAAACGCUGACACUAGUGUUGAUCCACAAUUUGUUAAUGCUGUGGAACCAUUACUACUCCAGUACAAGGUCGACCUGGUUUUGUUCGGUCAUGUUCAUAAUUAUGAGAGAACUUGUGCUGUUUACCAAGGAGAAUGCAAGGCCAUGCCUACAAAAGAUGCAAAUGGGGUAGAUACUUAUAACAACAGCAAUUACAGUGCCCCAGUGCAGGCAGUGAUUGGUAUGGCUGGUUUUUCCUUAGACAAAUUUACAACUGAUUCAAAUAGCUGGAGUUUAUCUAGGAUUUCAGAAUUUGGUUUUGUAAGAGGGAAUGCAACAAAGGAAGAGUUAUAUUUUGAGUUUGUGAACGCAAAUACAAGGAAUGUUGGUGAUAGCUUUCGCAUUAUGAAAUAGCAAGGUCCCUCGUAUAGUCAUAUGUAUAGAACCUUAUCCAUUACCCACAUAUAUGUUAUAUAUGGACCUCCCAAGGUCUUUACUGUACAUCAAUUCUUUUCAAAUAAAAACCCCCAUGUCUUUGCAAAAAAUACAAUGAAAUAAACUAUUGUUUACGAAUAUAGGACUGGCUUUUAUAACCAAAUGGAAGAGAUUGUUUAGGGUUUGGGAAUGGCUAGUUUAUUAUAUAGAUUGAUGUGAUUAA